UGAAAGGGAAGAAGGAGGAGAACCAUAAUUAGGUGAUGGGCAGGUGAGAAGAAAAGAGGUGAUGGAUCUCUGCUGGACUGGUUGGGUCGUUCUUUUUUGAUGGGGGGAUGGUUAAGGACAGGAACGAGAAGCAGAGGACUCCCGCCUUCAUCCGAUUCAACAGCACAAUGCCUAGACGAGCUGGGAACCUGUUGUGGCUCGCCACCUCAGUCCUGUUACUGAGAUCUUCAGAAGGAGCGGAGCCAGUGACCUGCGGUGCCAUCUCGCUGUGCUGGGACAUUGCAUCACCCAUCACCUUCACUGGGAAAUUUUAUUUAAACUACAACAAUGUUCUUGACACUGGAAAAAUAAAGUCUGGGUCCUGGUGGCUGGAACCAAGGGUGGAACACGUCCUACACCUCACACACGCGACCCAGUCGUCAACCUGGAAAAUCUACACCAUGUGUCCUCCACACCUAGAGGUGUUAAAUGGAAGUGUUGCAGAAAUACAGGGAGCGGAAGGUGCUAAACAAAGUUUCCUGUUCCAAAGGAACGCAAGGCUUGGCUGUGAGGGAGAAGUCCUUUACUUUUUAGGGACACACGAUUUGUCAUUGGCGAUAGUUUCUGCUGAUCACUUCCCUUUGAAGAUCAAUACCGUUCCCACUGGACUAAGCUUCUUCUGGAGAUUGAGAACUUGUUUCCUUAAAGAUCCCCUCUGCACUCUUCUGUUGUUUGAUAUAGAUGGCAACAAACUGCAUCAAGAUGUUGUCAAACACCCAAGCCUUAACAUCACGGGUUUAACGCCAUGUAGACACUACAUCGUAUGUGUGAAUAUUAUGGACCAUGGUAUCUGCGCUGUAACACUAACAGAACCCUUGCCAGCCAGCAACCUGAGCCUAAUAACAUCAAAUUCCAACAGUGUUACCAUUUAUUGGGACAAGCCAGCUCGGGGGGACGUGGACUGGUUUCAACUGGAUGUCCUCUUGCUUGAACAAAAUGGUGAAGCCACUGAGUCACUACUUCAGUCAUACAACUUGACACAAAGUGGGGUUUCCUUCCUCGUCGACGGCUUGCCAGUUUGUCGUCAGGUGCGUGUUUCGCUUAAGAGUGCAUGUGAAGGAGCCACGGUGAAAGAAAGCACGAAUAUGUCUCUGGUGGCUAACACAGCUCCAGUGAAAUUGGUGAAACUUGCCCAGACUGCUGCUGCUGAUGAUGGUUACAAGGUGUCCUGGUCAGUCUCAGGAGAUCCGUCUCAAGUCCUCUUCCGAGUCUAUAGAAAUGGACACCUGCAACUGACCCAGAACCGAAUGGAGUACGUCACAGUGGGCAUCGGACCUUGCACCGAAGAGAUGUUUAUGCUGGAGGUGGUGUGUAGGACCGGAGCUGUGGCUGACAAAAAGUCAAUUGUUGUGACAACAGAGAAAUAUCAGCAAAAUCACGGACACGACCCGCCCAGCCAACACACUUUUCAUCCCUCUUCCCUCCGGGAGAAGGUUCAGGAGCUUGAAGACUCAUACAGCCAGAUUUGGGAACAGCUUCUUUCCAACUGUGAUAAGACUGCUGAACGGAUCCUGACCCAGAUCUGGGCUGUACCCUCCAAAUAUCUGGACCUGCCUCUCGCCCCAGUCAGUGUUACCGACCUGAUCUACAAACCAACUGUUGAUGGGGGCUUCUUCUCCUGGCGUUCCCCACCAGCCUAUCACGGAAUUCGUGUGCAGGCUAACAACACGUUGGUGGCUUUCACAAAGAAGAGCUAUUACCAGGUGUCCGGUUUGUCAGCCUGUACUCAAUACCUGUACAUUUUCCAAGCAACCUGUGGACCAUGGAUGAGCGAGGGAAUCUCCUGGGUCGCAGUUACAGGGUGCCCUCCAGAAGUCCGACCGUCGGAUCGUAAGAGUAUUAUCGUGCUGCCCAACCAAAUUCACUUCCACAUACAUUUUCCCUGGCAGUUUGCGGAUUACAUGAAUGAUCCAACUUCAAAAGCUUACCUAAAGUUGGCAGGCAUCUCUCGUUCCAAGGUUAGACAACUGUUCCUGGAUUCUGGGAAACUCGCCAAUGCAGAUGUGGAGAUGUUGCAUCUGAGGAGAGGAAGUGAUGGAGUGGAGAUGAAUGUGGCAGCCCACAUUCAAUUGAACAGCAUGCCAGCAAGCCUCGAGUAUCUUCUGUCCAAUCUCGGUCAUACCACGGUGUCUGCUGAGGGUGAUGUGCUGUUCUGGGAUGAUGAGGAUGAGUGUUCCUCUGCCAAGAAUGACUGUCCUGUCGGGGCUGACUGUAUCAAUACCUUUGAUUCCUUCACGUGUGUUUGUCAUCAAGGGUACUUUGACCCUGAUUUCCAAAGCAGAUCUUGUCGAGAUUAUGGAGUGUUUGCAGACUGCAGAAUGGAUUCAAUGAAAAUUAGUGUGUUGAAAGAAUUCCUGGUGGAUCUGAUGCAAUCAGGUCUGCAACUGGUCCUGAACGAUGGGGUCUGUGGGGCAGAAGAGGAGCUGGACUUCUACACGUUCACUGUCACUGACACCAAGGCUUAUUGUGGAGGGCAGCUUGAGAUGAAUGAGACACACAAAAUAUUCAAACACGUCAUCACUAACGAGUACCACUCCGAAUCUCCCAUCAUCAGAGAACCACCCCUGACACUCACUGUGAACUGUGUCUAUUCCAGGAGUUCCUUGGCCAAAAUGCCUCUGGAUGUGAUCACACAGAUUAGGAUGUUUGAACCCAUAACUGAGUAUAAUAGGGACCCCCUCCAUCUCGCCAUCUUCCUCUACAAAGACGACACAUUCUCACCCAGCACUAUGUACGAAGAAUCUCCAACCAUCCAGCUUAACGAGGAUCUCUACUUGGAGGUCAGGGCAUCUCCGACUGGGACCUCAGAGGCUGCUUUUGUUUUGGAAGUGGUUUCCUGUUGGGCCACUGCAGCUGCUGACCGGCUGGGAAGACGAGCAUUCCAGUUCCUCCGGGAUGGGUGUCCUGUAGAUGAGACCUUCAGAUGGCAUUCCGUUAACGGGCUGAGCAGCAACACUCGGUUUGCCAUCAAGAUGUUCUGCUUCACGGAAAUGGUGAACAGUCCCAUUUACCUGCACUGCCAGGUGAAGAUCUGCAAUGUGGAAGCUGCUGGAGACUGUUCAACAGAGUGCUCCAGUACACAGAUUCCCAAAAGGCAAGAACAGAGGGAAGGGACAACGCUCCAUGAACCUGUGACUGAACUUGUUUCCACAGGAUCCAUAGCUCUGCGCAGCCAUCCCAGUCAGCCAGAGGACCUGGAAAAGGCGGCCACAAAAUGGCAUGGCACAAAACCCCUCCUCUGGAUAAUCGGCGGUGUAACAGGAAUAUUCCUGCUGAUGGUGGUUGUAGUUAUUUCACUGAAGGCUACAAAUAGCCAUGCACGGUUGGAAUGGCAUAGUUCCUGAUGGAAGUUUGGGUGUCUUCUGUCCCAGAGAAGAUGUAGUUCACUGUCUGGCACUAAGAUAAGUUCUGAUUAUUUGCUGCAAUGGGUGUUUAUAAUAAAA